AUGGCCGGCGUGCCCGAGAAAGUGCUCAACUGGCUGUACAGCGUGCUCACGAGUGUAUUGACCACCAUUGCCUUGUGCGAACUAGAUGCUAACGAUCCUACGAAGGAAUACAAAGACGUCAAUCGGACAUAUCACGACGCAGCCGAGGCCUUGUCCCACUACCCGUCUCUCUCCCCACGCACGGAGGUCUACACAUCAGCAUAUGAGAAUGGCACAUCUGCUCUUCUGCUCACCCUUAGCGGGACGUUGCCGGUCACGUUUCGCGGCGCUACAUAUGGCUUUCCGGUAGCAAUAUGGGUGCCUUACGCGUACCCUCGAGAGCCGCCCAUGGUAUAUAUCACGCCUUCGCAGGACAUGGCAGUGCGCCCCGGUCAGCAUGUGAGCGGAGACGGCAGGGUAUACCACCCAUACUUGGCACAAUGGGCGCAAUACUGGGAUUUCUGCGAGGCGUCUUCGCCAAAGAGCCACCAGUACGAUCGCGCCAACCACAGCAGCAGAAUGCGCCCGCCCAACAAGCUCCUCCGCCACUUCCCCCGCCUCCAGCUGAAUGGCGAAGAUCCGUUCAGAGCGCUGGGAGGGCAUCAGCGUCUCCGGGACCUACACAGCAAGGGCCCGCGCCUCCUCCACGGCCACCGAAACCGGGCGACGCAGGCCCACAGACUCCCCAGCCGUCGCGCGAUCGCUAUUCGCAGCCACCACCUCUCCCUCCGCACCCGCCACAACAACCCCAGCCGCGACCACAACAUCAGCAAGCCCAUGGCAACAACUAUGCUGCGCCACCGCAGUGGCAACAGCAAGCACAUCAACCUAUGCAGAAUGGUUCACGGCAAGGGAGCUAUGACCAAAGUCCAGCUACGCCUGUCUCGAGACAUCAGCAGUCGCAUGGCCAAGGUCCCGGCUUCUCUCAAAAUGCCUAUGGCUCAGGAAGUCCCAGUCAACACCACCAAGGACCUCUACCGCCGCAUCAGCAGUACCCUGCACCUCCGCAACAGUACCGACAGCCUCCGCCGGGCUACCCACCACAACAACAUCCUCAAUAUCAGCAACAUCAGCAACAGCCGCCUCAACAAGCGGCACCCGCGACGAAACCUCCGAUCAACCUACUCGACGAUUCGCUCGAAGUCACCAUUCCGUCACAUACCGCCCGUGCCUCCGAACCCCGAGAAGGAUGCUCUAUUACGCGCCCUCAGCCAGACGCUUGUAUCACAGAUCCGGCAGACCGUCAAUGCCAAUGUUUCUGCGCUGACACCGCUGCGCUCGCAGCAAGCCGCGCUACAAACUGCUUAUUCGCGACUCCAGGCAGAACUCGGCGAGUUGCAACAGCUCGAUGCUGCGCUCGCUUCCAACGAACAGAUUCUCAAGGGCGCAAUGCUCGAAGCAGACCGCGUCAUGGACGAUGCGCGGAGAAGACAGGCACCCGAUGUUGACGACGUGCUCGUUGCGCCGACCUUUGUUGGUGGGCAGCUAUAUACGCUUGCUGCAGAAGAGAAGGGUAUCGCCGAUGCAUUGUUUGUGCUUGGGAGGGCGCUUGAUAAGGGGCGGGUCAGUGCGGAUGUGUUCGUGAAGUUCUUGAAAAAGGCGCUGGUCAAGAAGAUUGCGAAGGGAAUGGCACUGGACGAGUAUCAAAUGCGGUGA